UUGUGUUCUCCAAACCCAACGAUGUAUCCUGAGGGACUCCACUCCGGCACACUUUCAUCUCGCCUCUCAUUCCUGGAACUUUAAUCAGUGAAGAACCUCGGGUGGAGACAAACUUGUCCUCUAACCUUAAUUAAGAAGCACUCCCACUGACCUGGCCCUCGUUGUGUGUGUGUGCCCUGUCUGAGGCUUCACAAAGUGCUUCGAAACUCGUCCAGAACCAGAGGCAGUGAACACAGACUCGAUGAACCCUUGUCGGCCAUGCAGAGGCAAACGACCGAGCUCAUUGUGACCCUCGUGUUUGUGCCUCUCUGUGUGCUGGCCUGGCAUUCUGUGUGGACGUGGCGGUGUUGUCUACACCGGUGGUGGUGAUGGUGAUAGCGAUGGUGAAUGUGCGGGACUGUGGUGGUGGUGAUGAUGGUAUUUGCGGAUGCAGCAUCUAGAAAUCGUGGUGGUGAUGGUGGUUGUUAUGGUGCUGUCAACAGUGGACACCAAACCUCAGUGGAGUUUAAGGAAAUACGUCGAAUGUGCUAAGAUGAAAAGUGCACAGAAAGCAAUGGAAAGGCUCACCUAAAGUUUAACAAUCUAAUAGUCCAGAGGUUCAAAAUUUUCAUCAGAGCCUUGGUGAGUUGAGACUUCCUAGUGGCUCUGAAUUUGCACACCAAGGCUGUUAUGGAGCAGUGCUGUCUGGUCCCUAUUGCCUUGUCUCUGAGGAGUCUGCAGGUGUACUCUGAGUGAGGGGGCUCUUACAGCAGGAUCUGGAAUCACUUAAGUACUGUAGAAUACAGAUAAAGUAUGGGCAAAUGAUUUGUGAGCCAUCAUAUAUAUCAACAACAGUAGUACAUAUCUGGGAGAGACUUCAUGAAGCAGAUAUCAACCAUGGUCCCUUCAAGUGGAUUUACUGUUCAGAUACUGAGCCUCUCUCCAGACUGGAAAUUGUGACUGAAGAAGAGGAGUAUUGUAGUCACUGCAGCCUUGCACCACAUGGGCAAAGAUGACCUGUAGCAUGCCGUUGAUGCAGAUGUUCUUGCACCUAGAUGUCAAUCCCUCAAUGAGGGCACCACAUGAGCUACACCUUCAUCCUCUCACAUUCACUGUACGUGUCUGUUCCACUCUUCGUUUCACUCUCAGCUGCCUGAUGUCUGGUGUAUGAUCCUGUACAGCUUAUUGGUGAAGACAUGGAGGUUUUUGUCUUGUGGUUCAAGAUGCGAGUCUGUUGCUGCUGCUGUCCAAUUAUCACCUGAAAGACAGUCAUUAUUAAUCAACCCUUCAGUCAUUUAAAAUUAAUAGAAGUAUUCAUGCUUAGUUGUAUUUCAAAAGGAACUAGUCUUACCAAAGAGAUAAAAUGCUAUUUCUCUCAGUGAUGAAAUUUAUAAGUUUGAUUCCAAUCAGCUCACACAGUAAAUAGAUAUGCUACAGAUUAAUGUUAUUUUAUUUCCAUCAAACCUAUAACAGCAGAAGGAAUUGCUAUCAAACUCCACUACAAUAAAAAUUCACCCACCUCCACCUAAGCCACAGUAUAAUUGAGAUGACUGGGAAGCUGAGGAACUUCAGAUUGGAAAGAGAACAGAGACAGGAAUGAGAUGAUGAAAGUGAUACUGACUGAGUUAGGGCAUGACAGGGAUGAGAGAGUGGAGAAGACAGGAAAAGAGUGGAUGGUGUUGUUGCUGGGACUGUGAAGAGAGGCGAAUGAAAGGAUGAUUGAGGCAGUGAAAGAGUUUCUGGAGAGAAUGUGGUGUGCCAGAGGUACGAACAAUUAGGAUAGAGGAUGCUGUUCGUUUCUCUUUUUUCCCCCCCUUCUACAGGAGUUGCCGAUCCAAAGGCCUGGCUCAGGAGUGAUCCUGUGCCACCUGUAGCAUCAAGAUCAAAACCAAGAUCAAGAUGGAGGACUCCAAUACGCUGAAGAGACAGUAAAGGCAGUGAUAGAAAUGAAUGAUAAAGAGUUGCCGAUCCAAAGGCCUGGCUCAGGAGUGAUCCUGUGCCACCUGUACCAUCAAGAUCAAGAUCAAGAUCUGUACCAUCAAGAUCAAGAUCAAGAAGCAGUGAGGGCAGCAGAAGAAAAGAUGUAUUUGGCUGUGGUGGGGGUCCUGCGGCGCCCACGGGAAGUUCAUGAGAGAUUCCCAGCACAUUUUUUUCAGCGGCAGGUGAAGAGAGAUGUAAACUCGGACAUUCCACCGAAGAGAGAGUUGCUUGUGUACACCCCAGUGACUCCCCUCCAGCUCUCACUGUACACGGCAACUCUCACAAGCAACAUGGAGGCGUAUGUGUCAAAGAACCCACAGUGUGACCUCCAAGCCCAGGACCACUGCCACCGCACGGGCCAAAUGUCCCCAGUCCUUGUCCUCUGCCUGAUCACCGCAGCCAGCACUGACGAGUGGACAGUGGAGAGAGCAGGGACCAAACGCAAACUAGAGCGCUUGAUUAUCCGGUCCGGCAAGUUCCGAGACGCCAGCCAGGGAGACCGGAGCUUCCAGAGGGUGGUGGGUGAGGCAGAGCUGCUGUCCCUGCUGAAGCAACACGACCACCAUAAGGAACACAGGGCUAGCAAGGGCCAUGGUCACAUCACCAAAGAGGAGCUAAACCAACUGCUCCACAGAAGUGACCUGACCAAGAAGAAGAGGAGAAGAAGCUGACUGGAGUUUUCAAGGUCAUUUUAGAAGAUUGAAAGGAAGAAAGGAAGAAAAUUAAUAAAAGGAUAAAUAAUGAAGAAGAAUUAAUAGAAAGAGGAAGAAGGAUGUAAAGGAAUGACAAAUUUGAUUCCUUUAAGGCAAAGCAUGUUUCAAUCAAGUUCUAUGACGUUGGGGGUCGCAGCUUCUCCCACCACAGCACCAGGUUAGCCCCGCAUCCCCCCCCACC